CAUCAGUGCGGUUUGGUGAGGCGUAGAGAGAGCAGUGACUCUUGCAGUGCUCGCUGUUAGCGCACAUCAUGUCCAAUAGGAAGAGGAAGGCCUCCAGCUCGGAGGAGCCAGUGUGCAUGCUGUGUGGCCGGGCAGAUGUUGACCCGAACAUCUGUGGGCACAUGAUUCAUCAGAGUGGAAUUCACGUCCAUUGGUUGUGCUUGGAUCUUGCCAGCACCGUUAAUGAAGCAAGAGGGACACGGUCGGGAAGUGAGGGCCGCCUCCCUCUUGCUGCCAUCAGACGUGCAGCCAAAGAGGCAACCAGGAAGCAAUGCUGUGUUUGUGGAGAGAGGGGUGCUACCAUCGCAUGCGCAGAGAGAGGCUGUGAGCGCAGCUUCCACCUGCCCUGUGCCCAGGAUGGGGAAUGCAUCACCCAGUUCUUUGGGCAACGCAGGUCCUUCUGUUCGGAGCACCGUCCUCGCCAGGAAGCUCAGGAAGCUCCACCUGAAGGCACCAACUGCUCUGUGCUGGAGCCUGUGGGGGACACUGUGUCCUACCACACCAUGGUGUGUCCAGCGUGCAGACACACCUGGUUCCACCGGGGCUGCAUCCAGCAACUGGCCAGGAGUGCUGGUGCUUUCUGUUUCCAGUGCCCCAGCUGUCGGAAUUUCGAAGAUUUCUUUGUAGAAAUGGCCCUGCUGGGGAUCCGCAUCCCAAACAGGUUGGUGCCCUUCUGCCCACUUAUUCUGACAUAAAGGCUGUUGCGCUGGGCCUGCCCAGGGGCUGUCUUGGCAGGCCUGGGCCUUGGCUGGAUCAUGAGCGUGUCUCCCACCUUCAUGGAGAGGCUGGGAACGGAGUUGGGGCGAACGACAUGGGGAAGACCUUGGAUCUUAUGCUGGAGACACUGGGGCCUCAUCACUUCCCCUCCCUUCUCUUGUAGAUUGCCAGAAUGGGAGCAGAAUGAUGCAUACGCAUCACUUCUGGAGAGGCACAGCCGCUGCGAUGCCAGCGAGUGCCUUUUACCCUGGAGGCAGAGAGCAGGCAGAGAGAACAGGAUCCUGGCAGCUGAUCCUGUGCAGCUCCUGUGCUGCUGAGGGGACCCACCGUCGUUGCUCGCACUUGAGUAACACAGCAGCCAGGUGGGAGUGCAACAUCUGUGCUGGCCUGGGAACUGUCUCCAGUUCUGACACUGAGAGCGACAGUCCCAGCGCUGCCGCUCAGAGGGCUCAGGGGCCAUUCAUCAUCUUCGUAGAGCCUGAGAAUAUCAGCUCGAUGCCUUCCAGCCAGGUAGCACCGGGGACGUCACAGACCUCCCAGCUGCCUGAGCACAGCAACCUGCCUGAGACCGAGCAGGAGACAAGCAGCCCACGUCCAUCUGAGGAUGGGGCUACCUCGGAGCAGCUGCGAGGACGUCGUGGGCGCAGACCAAGAGCAGCCCAGAGGUCUCAAAGUGGUUCCCGAAGAUCCACAAGGCAGAGGGCAUCCAGAACCUGCAGGGCGUCUCCAUCACCUACACGCAGAAGACGUCCCAGGCAGCGAGGAAGAAGUGGCACACGAAGCCGCUCCCCGCUGCAAAGUCGGGCCUCGCAAUCCCGGAGCCAGCCAAGAAGACGCCAUGGCAGCAGGCGAACGCCAGCCUCAGGGGAGCGGAGCAGCACCCGCAGAUCAACAAGAUCUGCAAGAUCAAGAUCCACCAGUUCUUCCAGAGCGCCUGGACGCAGGGGACGGUCCAGGCGUUGAGGGUGAGCCCGCACCCAAAGUUCUCCUCAUCAGAGACAUCGGGCCCACAGUUCCCACAGCUCACAACAAAGAAGCAGCAGGAGCUGGGCCCAACAGUUGAGGCCUUCCUGUGAAUGAAGCUGCUCCCAGGAAAAGCAUCAAAGUCCCCACAGACAGCCACCGAGUCUGCGUAGGAGCAGCCGACUGCUUUUCGUACAAUGGCCUGGGUCAAAAAGGACUACCAUGUUCAUCUGGAUCAACCCCCCUGCUGUGUGCAGGGUCAACAACCACAACACCACACUGCCCUGAGAUACAUCCAGCCCGGAUUUCCAUGCCUCCAGGGCUGGUGCAUCUGCAACAUCAUUGGGCAAGCUGUUUCAGAAUGUGUCACUACCCUUUCUGAGAAAAUAUUCCCCCUGAUAUCCAGCCCCAAACUCCUUGUUCUUAGUUUAAAAACAUCCCUCCUUGUCCUAAUGCUAUUCACCCUCGCAUACUGUUAUACCCUUAUAAUGUUCCCCCUCCUUACUCUGGUCCCAAAAUUCCAUCACAAUAAAGAUCAGAGUUCCCACCCAAAAACAUUUGUUGGCUUCAUCCUUC